CAUCAUGCUGGACAUAUGACUUGGCGAUACUAAAGGACUAAGUUAAGAUUGGUCAAGUCUAAUAUCAAGAGUUUAAUAAUAUAGUAGUUGGUAUAAUAAAUUUGCUGGUUGCUGGUGAAAGCAAUUGUCAUGACCAAGGUCUUUUUAUAACAAAUAUAUGUAUCAACCAUUCAUCAGAGUAUUGCAAGUAGCGAAUAAUAUAUUCCAAAGUCACCAAGCAAGUUCACGAAUCAAUCCACCAACUAUUUCAUCGUUGAUAUCCACACUGCUUCACUGCUUCUUUGAUUUCAAUUGUUGUAUACCACAUCAUGGCCGAUGAUGGAGCGGCCGGGGCGGCGUCUUCUUCGUCAUCACCGGCACCGUGGUUGUGGUCAACGUCGUCCUUAUCAGAAGGCAUGUAUGAUGUUUUUCUGAACUUUAGAGGCAAGGACACAAGGUUCUUAUUCACAGAUUAUCUCUAUCAUGGCCUGGCCGAUGUAAAAAAACUGCAAGUAUUCAGGGAUGAUCCGGGUCUGGAACUAGGUGACGAAAUUAAACCUACUCUGAUGGAAGCCAUUAAAAGAUCAAGGAUUCAUAUUGUUGUGAUGAGUGAAAACUAUGUAUCUUCCUCAUGGUGCCUCCUGGAACUAGAGCAGAUGCUCAAGUAUUACUCCAAGGAUGGAAACAAACGAUCCGUUAUUCCAGUUUUUUAUCACGUGACGCCCGCGGAAAUGAGAUAUCAGACUAGCACCAUAUCUAAGAAAGCCAUGAAGAAACAUAAAAAGAGAGAAGGCAAAGACAAGGCGAAAGCGUGGAAGUUGGCUUUAUCUAGAGUUUGCGGGAUAAGUGGACAACACAUUGUUAAGAAGGGAAAUCGUCAUGAAACAGAGGUCGUAGGCAAGAUUGCUGAACAAGUCUCAGCAAAAAUUCUAGAGAUCAGGCAACAAAUGAAUAGAUUUGUUUCUCAAUUUAAAGUGGUUGAAUCACUUUUGAACCUUGAAUCUUCUGAUAAUGUUGGUGUGGUGGGAAUUUAUGAAGAUCCUAAAAUAGCCAAAAGUUACAUAACAAGAUUUGCUUUUGAGCUAUACUAUAAGAUCAAAUACAAGUUCAGAGCGGCAAGUUUUCUUGUUGAUGUUAGUAAACAGUUAAGGGAAAACACCGCUAAUGGCUUGGAAAAUCUCCACAAGGAGCUUCUUUCAGAUAUGGGUGUGGAAACCAUGCAGGAGUUGCCACGUAAGAGGGUGCUUCUGGUUCUGGAAGGGGUUGAUAGUGAACAGCAUUUGAAGUUGCUAGUGGAAAUGGGAGUAAGUGAUUGGUUUAGUGGUGGUAGUAGGAUCCUCAUAGCAACAGAAAACAGAAAUCUGUUUGAGGAUUGUCCUGCUGUGAUGAAUGGUGUUAAGCUUGAGAAACAUUGCAUAUGUGAAGGUGAAUUGGUGAAGGAAAAGAUUGUGAAGGAGAAGAAGGUAGUGGGAUUUGUGAAAGAAUUCAUCGAUGUUAUUAAUCAACUGAAGGAAGAAGAUUCAAAUAGGAGGAAUGUUGUUUCAAUUGUCGGCAUGGGCGGGUCGGGCAAGACUACUCUUGCCCGAAUGAUCUAUGACAGCAAUGAGGUGAGGGAGGUAUUCCCUUGCCGUGCAUGGGCAACUGUUUCCAAACACUGCAAUGAAAAUAAAGUUUAUGGAAAGCUUCUCAAGUCUUUGAAGGUACCAAAAUCUGAAUAUGAGAAAUUAAGUAAAGAGGAGUUGAAGAAGGAGGUGAGAAAACGUUUGAAUGGGCAAAGCGGGAAGUAUUUGAUAGUGCUGGAUGAUGUGUGGAACACUAAGGCGUGGAACAAGUUGGAGUAUCUUCUCCCAGAAAAGAAUAAUGGGAGCAGGAUAUUGAUGACUACACGAAAUGAUAGGGUGGCAAACCAUGCAAUGUCAAAGGAACCUCACCAUCAACUUGGCCCUUUGGAUGAUGAAGAAAGUUGGGAAUUAUUCCGUAGCGAGGUGUUUGGUAGAGAAGAGUGUCCUUCUGAUUUAGAGUCUAUUGGUAAAUCAAUUGCCCAAAGUUGCAAGGGUUUGCCAUUAGCUGUUGCAACCAUAGCAGGGCUUGUCAAAGAGAGGAAGAGAUCAACAACAGAGUGGCAAAGUAUUAACAAUGUAAUUCUUCAAUGGGAUGAUGAUGAUGAUGAUGAUGAUGAUGAUGAUGAUGAUGAUAGUGAUGAUGAUAAGAAGCCGAUGACGAUGAGUAGGAUGAUGAAGAUAUUGCAGCUGAGCUAUGAUGAUUUACGUCCAAAAUUGAAGUCAUGCUUUCUAUAUCUUGGGGUGUUUCCGGAAGAUUGCAAGAUUGCAGCAAGGGCUUUGAUUGAACUAUGGAAUGCAGAAGGCUUGACAAAAGUAACGGAAACUGGAAGUUCAAAUGCAGCAGAGCCGGAAGACAUUGGUGAGGAGCGCUUGAAGGAGCUAGUGGAUCGUAACUUGGUACAAGUGGUGAGUAGGAAGAGUGAUGGGGAAGGCGUGAAAACAUGUCAGAUCCACGAUCUCAUCCGGAAACUGUGCAUAUCACUGAGUAACAAACCAGAUAACAAGAACAAUGAUCGCAGAUUAUUAUCCUUUACCAGAAACGAAGGAUCCUAUACCUGUUCAUUAGAGACGUGUAAUAAAGAAUCCACUCGUUCGUUAUUCUUUUAUGAAGAUGCACGGGAAUGGUUACACCAUAUUCCAGAAAACCUGCGAGUUAAUGUGCUAUAUUUUUCGAAAUGGGCUCGGGUUAGUUCAACAAGUGCCGAGUAUUUGAAGAGUUUGACACCCCUCCGGUACUUGAAAAUGGAAGUUGAAUUAGAUGGAUUAUGUGACUUUCACAAUUUGGAAACAUUACAUGUACUGUACACUAGUUCGAAGGACCUAAGAAUUGGGGGCUUAAAGCAACUGAGACAUCUUCAUUGUGAAUUUCUGGUGAAAUUGAUAGAUGAACAAGUAAAAGAUAAAAUGCAGAAUCUCCAAACCCUAUGUUAUGUGAUUGCCGAUUCAAAACUAGGGAGCUUACUAGGCAAUGCUUACUUUCCCAACUUGAGAACACUCGGUUUAUAUAUAACUGCAUACCAAGACCGUCAAGCAACAGAAGCAGAAGAAAUCUUAAAGAGCCUGCACUGCCUAAGAAAGUUGCGGAAGGUGAAACUUACGUUUGCUCCCUUUGGUUGGGUUCCAUUAGAUAGAAUUGCAUUUCCGUCAACUCUUACCAAGAUUACCUUGUCAUCAUUUGGGGGCUUCAUGUCCAAAGACAUGAUUGUUUUGGGACAAAUUCGCAGCCUUCAAAUUUUAAAAUUGAAAUCUGGAAUUUGUACUGAAAUACCUCUUCAUUGUGGUACUGCUGGGAGCUUUCCGGAGCUUCAAGUGCUCAUCAUGAUAAGGAUGUCUGUCAAACGUCUUACAUCAGAAGAAGGUGCGAUGCCUCGUCUUCGACGUGCUGUCUUCUGUGACUGCCCUUACUUGUUGGAGGAGGAGGUUACUCAAAAAAUGCUUUCCUUGGGUAGUAACUUGGAGUUUUUAGACCGUCAAGUGGACGAUGAUGAUUGAUUUCUGUGAGGCAUUGGAUGUCAACGUCUGCUACUCUGCUUCUUUUCCAAAAGCAGAACUCUCCUCCAUAAUACAUACAUCAUUACAUGACAUGCUCCUGCCGCCUCAUUGUAUUGUAAUGGAGUAGUUGUAAUCCUCUAAUAUUGCACUACUUUAAUUUUCUUUUCUUUUCUUUUCUUUUUUUUUUAUUUUGAAUCACACCUUUUAGUACUUUUAUUGUGAUAUUGUAAUUCCUCGAACACACGUUUAUUAUGAUUCGCUUUUAUUUAGGUUUAAUUGCUCUGUUGGUCCC